AGAGAACUUCGGCGGAGAGCUUUUUCCCGAGGACGCCGCUGCCUUACGUUGUAGGACAGGAAAUCAAGACUUUGAAAGGGCGAAAAUAAAAACGAGUAAAAGUUUGCAAAAAAGCUUUGUUGGUGGAGAGCUGAGGGUUGCGAGGAAUGACAAGAAGAUUAAUUUUGGCCAACUCUGGGAUUUAACAAGUUCUUGUAGCAAUGCACUGGGCUAUUAAAUUCUAGUAGCUAUGCAUUUCUGUGAACGCCCAGAGAGGAAAAAAACGACCAACAAAAAAGUCUGUUUGGAAAAUCGAGUAGCCAGGAGUUAAUUUUCUUUUAGAGGCAAUGCCGGAGGACUGUUAAAAAGAAGCCGAAAACUGUGUCUUACAGAAUUGACAGUGGAUUUUAGAUUUUUCACAGGAAUUUCGAGAUCUUUAAUGUAGAACUGGGGAAAAAAUCUAAAGCUUAGAGAGUUGGAAUGUCACUAAAGAACAAAAGACCGGAAAUGUCUCCGUGAUUAAAGAUGGUUAAAGAAGAAUCCCAGGAGCUUUUGUUGUCAAGAAAGUCAUAGGAACAACUUUAAAAAAAUUAGCAGAGUACGGAAAGACAUGUACAAUGACACAUUAAAUGGCAGUACAGAGAAAAGGAGUGCAGAAUUGCCUGAUGCUGUGGGACCUAUUGUUCAGUUACAAGAGAAACUCUAUGUGCCUGUAAAAGAAUAUCCAGAUUUUAAUUUUGUUGGGAGAAUCCUUGGACCUAGAGGACUUACUGCUAAACAGCUUGAAGCAGAAACAGGAUGUAAAAUAAUGGUCCGAGGCAAAGGCUCGAUGAGGGAUAAAAAGAAGGAGGAGCAGAACAGAGGCAAGCCUAAUUGGGAGCAUCUCAAUGAAGAUUUACAUGUACUGAUCACUGUGGAAGAUGCUCAAAACAGAGCAGAGAUCAAACUGAAGAGAGCCGUUGAGGAAGUGAAGAAAUUACUGGUACCUGCAGCAGAGGGAGAAGACAGCCUGAAGAAGAUGCAGCUGAUGGAGCUUGCAAUUCUGAAUGGCACCUACAGAGAUGCCAACAUUAAAUCACCAGCCCUUGCCUUUUCUCUUGCAGCAACAGCCCAGGCUGCUCCACGGAUUAUCACUGGGCCUGCGCCUGUUCUCCCACCAGCUGCCCUGCGUACCCCUACGCCAGCUGGCCCUACCAUAAUGCCUUUGAUCAGACAGAUACAGACCGCUGUCAUGCCAAACGGAACUCCUCACCCGACUGCUGCAAUAGUUCCUCCGGGGCCCGAAGCUGGUUUGAUCUACACACCCUAUGAGUACCCCUACACGUUGGCACCAGCUACAUCAAUCCUUGAGUAUCCUAUUGAACCUAGUGGUGUAUUAGAGUGGAUUGAAAUGCCAGUCAUGCCUGAUAUUUCAGCCCAUUGACUUGCUGGAUGAAGGACUAGAAUACAGCAGCUGUUAUAACACGACCAGUCAAUGUGGGACAAAGUGUUUCCGUGCUGCCCCUUUGUUUUACCAGACAGAAUUUGAAUACUUUUUUCCUUGAAUUGUGUAUGACCUUGGUGCCGCAUGCAUGCUGUUGACUCUUAGGACUUUGAUCUUUUAAGGUUUUUUUUUCCAGCAUUAAUGUUGAUUUAUAAAAAUUUGAAAGUCUUUAUGAACCUGGACACUAAGAUUUAAACUUGAGAAUUCAUUGUUCAACAAUUAAAGAAAGCCACAAUGCUCUGUAUGUUAUCUGUGUGUGUGCAUGCACUCAGGUGCCUUUUGUUUCAUGAGCAAAUACAUUUUAUUGUACAUGUUUUCCGUUUAUCUCUAAAUCAUUGUAUAAAGUAUCACAGGUCAGAAUUAUACUAUAGAAUUGUUUAUGAGAAGCUUGUUUCUGUUGCACAUUUCUUGAAGCAUUUUUAAAAUAACAUGUAACAUGUAACCUGUUUACGUUUUCCUUUCUGUUAACGCUCUGUCCUGUGGCCCCAUGCCUGCUCCUCUCCCCAGAGCUCCUCUCUGCUGCACGCACAGCGUCUGGUCGAGGAGUUUGUUGCUUCCUGCAGGGCUGGCACUCUUAGCCACCAGCUGCUGUUCCAGCACUCAAUGCAAGAUCUUGCUGAUUUUGCCUCAUGGAAUUAUACUUGUCUAAGAUUAGUUUAUCUAAAAUGAAAAAGGGGUGAUGGACCAGUUUACUGCUUAGAAACAGCAAGAGGCACUGCAGUUUCUCAUUUUAAGCAAUGUGUUUUUUGUUGUGUUGGGAAAUUUUUAUUUCUAAUAAUUAUUAGACUGACAAAAGCAAAAUGUACAGAUACCUAAUUGGCAUUCAUAAAAUGAAUAAUAAUGAGUACUAAAUGACCAAAAUCCAUUAUCAGUCCUAUUUCUCGCUUUGCCACCUAAGCAGUAAAACAUGACAUUGAGCACUUGGAGAACUGAGAAAAUUAUUUCAAAUUGCUAAGUUAUAAUAAAUUUGCACACAGAUAACAUGCAUGAUAUAUAUCAAGUUUCACAUCAUAUUAUUUUAAAAUAAGCAGUGCCCUUCAAAACAGAUGCAGACAUGUGUGUUGGUGGUAGUGAGGAGAUUGGUAUUAGCAUCAAAUCUUCAUUGAUGACUAAUUUUUAAUUCCCUUCCUUUUAUCUUUAGGUAUGGCUUUCCCAACGAAAGGCUAAGAAUUCAAGAACGGUCUUAACUGAACCCUCAUCAGAUCUGAAUUUAACAAAUGCUUAGUCUCAGCAGCCUCCAGGGGGGUGGGGGGGAAGCUUAGCCUAGCAGUCAGUGACUUACUUGCACUUUUUGCACACUGAUAGAAAGUAAAAGUAUGUUAUUAAUUUGGUUUAGUCUGUAAUCUUACAAAGUAACGGUAAUUUAUAAAGGAGUGUACAGUAGUAUACUGACUGCUAAGUGUACUAUACUGUUUGCUUUACUAAUCACCUAAUUCAUUGCAGUUCAUACUUAUUGACUCAAAGUUUAAAACCACAAUCUGUAGGCUUUAAGAAUUGCUUUUAAACCUUUUUAAGUGAUAAACUCUGGAAGUGGUCUUAAGGUUAGCAAAUAAUUGUCAGUAUUAAACAUGGCAUUAUUUAAGUGGUCCUGCGAGAAAGGCACUUCAGUGAAUAUGUGACUAGUAAAGCUUAAAUAUGUUUGGAUCUAGUAGAGUUCAUGAAAUACUGUAACUUGGGAUCGUGAAUGAAUGGAUAAAAUAGGUUAAGGCCAAGAUUUUGAAAUGAAUGCAAUAUUAAUAGACGCGUAUAUACACAACAUACUAUGGUUAAUUUUAAAACUACUGUGCCUUAACGUGUUUCUUAAAAUGAACCUUUUGUAGUAAAUGAACAUUUGAAAUCCAUUUUGAUAAACCUGCUGUUAAUGUUUCUUUUCCCUUGUGAAUGUUUUCUAACUUUGUCUUGGUAAUUGCAAUUUAACUAGGUGCGGUGGCUACUAAAGUUCGAAGGCACGAUAUGCGUGUCCAUCCUUACCAAAGGAUUGUGACCGCAGACCGAGGUUAGUUUAGUUCUGCAGUUCUUGUUUAUAAGAAAUGCGUUGGGUGUCCAUAAAAUUUGCAACACCACACCUGAUGGAAAAAUAUAACUGCUUACCUGCACACCAUUUCUUUUCUUUUUCUAAAUUGAUAUGUCAUAAUUGACAAAUUUAAGGGUUGGGAUUUUUUUUUCCUUUCUUUCUUUUCUUUCUUACCCCCCCCUUUUUUUUGCUCCCUAUUUUAACUUAUUAAAUCCUAUAUAAGUAUGUACUGUGAUUUAUUCCUACUAAAACAUAAAUUAGUCCAUUUGGGGAGCUGUUAAAUUUUGAUGUCGCCUUAAUUAUUUUUCAGUCGUAAUUUUUGCUAAAAUUUACCUUUGUUCUGAAAUUUUGGGUUGGUUUUGCAAAUGAACUGAGCGGAUGGUGCUUUAAUGAGAGAAGUAAAGGAAUAUAUGCCUCCUGUGUCCUUGAGGAGAAAACUGAAGAUUUAGUUUCCAUUUUCCUUUUUCAUAAGAUAUUUGAGCCACUGUGUAAACACGAGGUUAUACAUGUCAAGUACUCAGCUGAAAGCAACAAAAAUAAGGACUGUGAAGAUAACUUUGAUGCAGUUGGAUUUUUUUUUUUAAUAAAUGAGAAAAUCAAUUCCCUUUUACUCUUAACAUUUUCCUGCCAAAAUGGAUCCUUUGAUUUUUGUCAUUUGCUGCUAAAAUAUAUUAUCUGAAGGUAAACUAUCUCUUAAAGUUCUGUGGAGACGUGAAUCCAGCUUUGAAUAUCCUUUUUGAGUAACCUGUGACUGGAAAAUAAGUCUUCAUUUUUCUCCUUUUCAACAUUUGUAAUUUGUGUCCUGUAUAUGCCCUUGGACCCUAUUAUAAAUUAUUUAUGUUUUUGAGGAGUGAUAUUUUCGGUUUAUUGACAUUGAAUUGUUUUCUAAGUUUGUCAUCACAGGGUAAGAAUCCGAAGCAAGGUAGAAAAAGAUUUUUAUCAAGCUUCUAUUAUGGCACAUUUAUUACUUACUAAUUAAGUUGAUCAGAUUCUCUAGUAAUUAGUGGGAAAAGUGAUGGAAUUUACACUCCUGUCCUACAUCUUCUAUGAACUUAUGAACGACCUACCUGCCUCACAUGGUUCUCCUGAAUACUGAUGAUAAAUAUUGGACACAGCUGUUGUCCACAUCAGACUAAAAUACCUUCCAAAGACAUUGAUGAUAUUUAUUUAGCAUCAUACAUAAUUAAAGAGCCUUGAAUUGAAGACUUCUAACUAAUACAUACAUUACUUGUGAUUAUUCAGUGAUCAAAAUAAAUAGACCCCAAGCUCAGUGAUGAUCGGUGACAAUAAAGCACCUUGUAGGUGUGUCAUGUACAAGUGUAUGUACCACCUUCUUGCAGAACAAGCCUCCUAGUGAGGGAGGAAAUUUUUUUUUAAGUCACUUCAGAUUCCAAGGAAACCAGAUAAUUCCAUGAAUAAUUUGAAGCUUUUUUUUCCCACAUUGUUAAUGUCCGAAAUAGUUUGAAAGAGUAUUUUAAAGUAGUUUUUCUUCUGUUAAUCUUUCCCUUUCUGCCCCUUUUAGGAGAUUUCUCAUAAUUUUGUUUUAACACAAUAAUUAUUGGCUACUCAAUGCUGCAGUACCUUGAGAUAGUUGAAAAUAUUAGGAAGAUUUUAUAGUGUUUGGAAAUGACAACACAUUCCAUGCAUGGCUCUUUUGUAGUUAUAUGUGUUUUUUUAUUAGUCUUGUCACUUUUAUUCAAAAUGCAAUGUCAGCAAACCGAAAUGCUCCCUUUUUUAUUUUCUUUACAUAACAGAAUACUUGUGUACUGCUGUUACUAUAUCACCGUAUGCACUCAUUGGGUCUGAGGGAGAUGUCUGAAGUCCUUCAUUUAAAUUAUUUUAUGAUACUACUGUUUUCUCUAUUUUUGAGGUUUUGUUUUCUUUUUUAAUUUUUGAAGGGAAGAACAAGCAUUCAUUUAAUGCAAGGAAACUCAGCCCUUGGACAUAUAACCAUGUAAUCUUAUAUAAGUAUUUAGAGUACUGCAUGGUUGACAAAUAUAUCUAGUUCUUUACUAAAAAUAAACCCACUUCUACACAUAUUUCAAACCUGAAUUUGAAGCCUGUAAAAGACCAACUGACUUUUUAGUUGUAAUGAACCAUAAGUGAUUUUGCACGGUUGACACACCUGUGUGUACUGUAGGAGGCCAGGACUUGGCAGAGGAUGUAUUCUAGGUGUACUGGUAUAUAUAUAUAUAAGUGGUAAUUUGCUUUGUUUAUGUAUUCCACACACACAAAAACAUAAUCAGAAUUUUUCUGAGUGAUGAUUUUAUAAAAACCAUCAUUUGCAUAAUUUGCAUAAGAAACUUAAUACAAUUUUAAUCAAAAUUUAAAGUAAUAUCAAAAAUGCUUUAAGAUUCUGUAUUUUGGGAGUACUUCCUGUGAAGUGGUAUGACUACAUUGUGUUAAGUAUUUAUUUUCUUCUUUAAUUUUGGAAUAGCAGUUUUUGUUUUAAAUAAAAUUCCACUUAUUUUAAGAAAUUCAGGGAAGAUUUGGUCACAUUGAAGAUACAGUAUUUUUGUAGUAUUUAUAAACUAUCCUAAAUGAUAGACUCUAGAAAGCAUUUUUGUUACAUGAAAGUAAGCCAGUCCAUUAUAUAGAUCAUUUCAAAUAACUCUGUGAACAUUAUACCUGCUGGGUUAUGAUUUAUGAAGUGGCAUGGAAUCUACCUUUGCACUGAAUAUUUUUUCAUUCACAUCUCCUCUGCCUUAGUCACAAUGGCAACAGUACAGAAAAUUCUGUCAAACCUCAGAAUAUAGUAGAAAUAAUUAAGCUGUUGAAUGAGUCUUAAAAAUCAUACUACUGUUAAGUGGACCAAGUUUGGUGAAGCAGAAUGUGACAGAGGUUGAUUUAUAAGGAAGGAACAACUCGAGGACACUGGGGACGAUAACUUUCCACUUGAGAACUACUUUAUGUUUUACUGUAAUUUUUUAAUUUUUUUUUGUUCUGUUUUGUUGUUUUGCAAAAGAAAAUAGUAUUUACAGGUGGCUUCUUUUAAAAUAUAAAAUAUAAAGCAGGAAUGUAUAUGAAAUGUCAGAUUUUAUUGUAUUUGCAGAGUAUUAGCUUUGAAAUUGAAUAAAGAAAGCUGUUUGUAGUUUUAAAAUGCCUUAUUGGUAUCAAUUAGAAAUUUCUUCUAUUUUUUGAUGUACUUAGAGCUUUUUGAGUAUAGAAUUUUAAAUGGCAGGAUUUUACAGUGUUUACAUGCAAGUGCAUUUUAUAAGUGUUCUAUAUGUGUAAAAUAGUAUUUUCAACUGGAAAGUGUUGGCCAGUGCAAAAGGCCUGGCCUUUUUCUGGUUCCCAUGAUGUUGCCUACACUGCUAGACUACAGUUUAGUAUUGCUUUGUAUCAUAAGGCCAAGAAAUUCCAUGUUGUUUGUAAAUAGAAUAAUUGAAAAAGCAAUAAACAUUUAUUGAACAAAAGAAACCUUGUUUGGCCCAGAGUUUAUGUUGAACCAAAUUGUUCAUAGAAAUUUAAAUUUCUUUAGAUUCAUUUCUGUUAAUCAUCAGUUAUUAAUAAUCACAUCCAUCAUUAAUAGUUGCUUUAAUGCUUGCAUCUGAGAGAAUACUAAUGCUUAAUAGCAGUCAGAUACUGAUAACUGCACUGACUGUUUCAGAAUUCUGUAUAUCAAACCUAUUCAUUGUUGUUGUUCUCCAGUUUCCUUCAUUGACUGCUACUAACUAUUAGUUGUUAGUUGUAUUUUAUUUCUAUUUUUUCUUGUUAACCAGUUUUUUUUUUUUUUGUUUUUUUGGUUUUUUUUUUGUGGGAGUGGGCUCUCCUUCAUUUGUUCAAAUCAUGAUAUGAAACUGUCAUGAUUUUUAUUGUAUUCUGUAGAUGGUGUCAAUCAGUUUGUCAGAAUUAAACAUGCUUUUUUUUUAUUAGUUGUGAUUAGUUUUUCAUGUUGUCAUUAAGCCGUCACUAGCUGAAACUAAUCUCUUCUCUAUCUUUUCUUUUCUUUUUUUUUUUUUUUUUUUUGUUUUGUUUUUUGUUUCUAACCACCCAGCCGCCACCGGCAACUAACCUAUGACCUUCUGACCUCUGAACUCUUCACCCAAUGAUGACCUGACCAUGCCUGCCUGCUGAUCAGUUAACUGGUAAUCGCCUUUGCUUGCCUGUCGUCAGUGCAGCGAGCUGAGGCACUUUGUCCGUUCGUCUUACCAUCUAACCAAACAAAAGACAAAGAAAUUGUUGUCCUCCAACUCAGCUUUUGGUUUUUCUUUCUGUUUGGGUGAAAGUGGUUCUAGAACCUGCACUGAAUAGUAGUAAAGCAAUAAGGCCCAAUUCAUCCCACAGCACUGAUCAUCUUCUCAUGUCCUACCCUAAGCAAACGGUAAGAAGGCCUCACUUCAGAAGGGGAGACAGAUGGCCCUUAACUACUCAGUGACAGAGGCAGUUACUGUGAGAGACUUCUAGGAACCUUCUCAUAGCGAGUCACAGCUCUCUGAAUGUAACGUGUGAUGAUGCAUCAUGCAUGAACCUUUGGUCAGGGAUGUCAUUGGUGAAGUGAUUUCAAAAAGUAUUCAAAAUUUGAUACGCUGUUUAGUCACUACAGUGCCCUCAAAGGGCAGAAGUUGCAGCCUUUUUUAUAUUGCCUGCCAAAAUUUGAAGUAUUUAGAAGUGUGCCAUGAGAGAAAAAACAAGGAAUUUUGAGAAGUAAUGCAAAGAACAAAACUGCAACACUAUUUUUAAAAAGAUAAAUAAUCUGAGUUAAAAUUACUGAACCUUUAUUUUACAACCUCCUUUAAAAAGUAUAUGAGAACAAGGUACAUGCAUUAUGUGUCACAUUACUGGGCAAACUGUUCAAAUAUUUUUUUUAAAACCUCCCUGUAUAGAAAAAAAAAUCAUUAAGGAUGUAAAAGCCAUGCUUGCCUAUUUGCUGUAUACAUGUAAUGAAAUUGUAGAUAAAGUGUAGUGCAUUGAAACAAAUGAACAAAAAGUAGAUACUUUUACUAUACAAGGGUGCUGGUGCAGAAAAAAAUAUAUAUAUUUUUGGAAAUGUAGCAUUUUAUACUUUCAAGUGUUAUAAAAAAAAAAAGAAAAAGAACAAAGAAACCCUUUAUUUCAUUAAAUGAUUUUUUCUGGUGGUUGUCAAGAAACAAAAGACCAAAAGAGCCUUUUUGUCUUUCUUUUUUAUUUUUUAAGUAUUGGAAUAAGUCUAAAGAAAAGAAAGUGCCUUAUUUUCCUUCAUGGUCAUUUAGUCAAGUGUCUUGUAAGAUCAGCUCCUCCCUCAGAAUACAAGUUAAUGCAUGUUACUCAGUCGCCCGCCCAGUAUGUGAAAGAAGAUUUGAGGGGAGACAAAUGAGUUGAUGGUUUGAAUUACCACGAUGAUUUUUGCCACGUUACCUUGACAGAAAUUUGCCAAAUCUGAUACUGUGAAAAAAUUUGAUAACUUUUCUAAUGGUCAAGUAAGUUUUAAAACACCAUUCUUUUAAAAUCAUAAUCGAGUGCUUUUGGUUAUUGUGAUAUUUAAACAGUAGCCCACAGGUUCUGAGAUAAAAAUUAUGUGUGAUCUGAACGUUUACAGAGAAAAGUAAAACUUUAUUUUAUUCAGAGAAGGAGGGGUGUGUUGGAUUUUUUCUUAUUAAAUUGGAGAUAAUAGUAUUCUUAGCAAACUUUUUCACAAAAAUGAAUCUUUAUGAUUUUCACUCUGGAUAACAGUAUUUUUUUAGUGGCCCAAAUCUAAUCAGACUUCUUUCUACCAGACCAGAUCACUUGGGUAGUCUGUAUCUUUUUGCUGGUUUAAGUAACCUAAGAGGCCCCCACCCCCCACACACCUUUUUUUUUUUUUAAACUUAAAAAAAACAAAACAAAAACUGGCAUCAUUGUGCAUGUAAAUGCUCAACUACCUGUGAGUUUAAGCUUCCAAUUUCUCAUGAAAUUCAGUUAGUUUUGUAGUUGAAGCAGUUUGUGCACAGAGCCGACUACUUCUAAACACUGAAAUAAUCCUUAACUGCUCAGUACCAGAUGUGGCAAAUAUCAAGUGGCAGUGGAUCCCCAGCUCAUCAGCUCAUUCCCUCUUGCAUACCUUCACGGCUUCACAGUCAAAGGUCAGCAGUAAGCUCAGUAAGCACCUUCGUGGUGACCUCCUCCAUCAUCUUGUCUCACUUGGAAACCGUUUUCAGUUUAUUUACUAUGCAAUAGACAUUCAUUGUUUUGUAUUCAGCUAGCGUUGGUUUAAUGUGCCACUGCUUUGUCUUUCUGUUACAUAUACAGUUGUUUUGAUUUAUUUACAAUAUAUGCUGUGCCAUUUUGAUUUUUAUUUUGUUUGGUUGGUUGAAUAAAUUUGCGACACUCAAACACUUGAGGUGAUAGUAGUUUAAAAACAAUACCAGUAUUUGAUCCAGUUUCAUCUCAACUACGUUAUACCUGGACAUUUUAGAUGUUUAUCAAAGGUCUUUUACGGGGAAGAAAGUAAAUGUAUGAAAUAAAUGUGUGACAUUUAUGAGUAAUGUUGGCUCUGAACAAACUUUUGAAAACUUAGUUGAUAAAAUUUUGGAUCAACUGAAAAAAAAGCAUGACUUUUGAAAUCUCUGAAUGCCUUGGUUCUCAGUAUUAUCAUUCUUUAUUGAAUUUAUUUCUUAUUAAAAUAUGUAGUUUUUAAGACUUCUUUUCUGACAGUAUUAUGUAAUUUUUUAGCGUGGGUAGACGGGGGUGUCGCUGGUAUGUUACCGUACAGCUGACUUGUAUUUUUGUCAAUUCUUUAUUAUCUUAGUAGUUUCAUGCUAUGUAUGUAUCAUAACCAACCUAUUGCCUAUGAGAAACAUGUAAGAUAAUGUAUUUACAGCCAUUGUUACAAGUUUAUAAUGUAUUUUUCUAUCUUGUUUUAUAUGUAUGUUAUAUAACAUUCAAAAAGAAUUUUUUUCUUGAUUGAGAAAAGGAUACAAAAUGCAGAAUCCACAAUUUUGAUAACUGAAAAUUGCCAAUUGUUUUGCAGUACUUUAUUAUAUUGGGUGUCUUGUCUUUCUUGGGCUUUUAGUUAGCUAAUGAAUGAAUACAUUAGACACUUUUGGGUUUUAGUUGGGAUUUUACAUAGCUUGCAUUUUAAUUCUUUGGUUCUUUGCUGUUUCUAUUAACCCAUAGCAUUAUUUUAAUAAAUGUUAUAAUACCAACCUACUAACUCUGGACUAUGUCUGUUUAUUAACCUUUUCGUGUUUAAUUAAAAUAAACAAAUAAAGACAAAAGAAUGUAAAGUCUUGAGUUACUGGACUAACCCUGAAGAACGUGACCACAGAUAACAUAGCGUGACUUGUUUUUAUGUUGUUUGUCAGCUGACAGUUGUGCACACUACUGUUAAAAUGGCUUUGGUUAUUCUGGCCUUUUACCUUGAGGGGGAGGUGCCAGUAGAGAUGGGGAACAAAGUAGCAUCGGUCUGAGGCAUUCUUCUAGUCUUGCCACUUGCCUUUCAGCCUCUUGCAUUACUAAUUCCACACUUUCUUAUUCUUCCUUCUCCAAAAUAAUCACUGUCUGCUCACAGCGUAAAGAGUAAAGAGAUUCGUUGUGAUGAUAUACCCCAAAAAACCAGUUUGAUUCUUUGUUGAACCAUUUCUUUUCAUUUCUGUUAAGUAGGUAAUUUUAUGGUCACAUUAUAAAGCAAAGAAUCUGAUGAGGCUUUGUCUUUAUUCACAUUUGUGUUUUAAUCAGACACUUUUCCUUUAUAAAGUGUUGAACUGUUCCAGCCGGUGUUCCUUUUGGGGUGGGGGAUAGGGGUUGGGGGGCUCAACCAGGUAAAGCCAAAGGUAGAGUGGCUCUGUUUCUCAGAACAGUCCAAAGUAAGCCAUUAAUAAUGACAAUGCACCCUGCCUCUCUUCUUGUAACCCCUAGGGAGAGAUGAGACAGCAUCCUUGAGUUUUCCUGAGGUGUUCUUUCUCUCUCACCCUCUUCCAAAAUACAGCCAGAAUACUCCAUUAAUACAAGAAGUUUAAGGGAGAAUGACAGUGGCAUUUGAGAAGUUACAUCUCAUUCAUUUCUGGCAUGCAAAUCAAUUUAAGAUUUAUUAAAUAUCUUCAUGCUUUUCUUGGCUGCAACUUAGGUAAAUUGAUCUCCACAUAUGAAUUCUUUAACUCUGGAGGUACAUUUUUAUUUCACAGGUACUGGUAAUUUCCUUUUCUGUGAAAUAGUUCUCCUGGAUAAUAAGUUCUCAGGAUGAAUUUUUAUGUUUGUAAAUAAUGGCUUAUUUUUGUAAAUUACACUUUAUUUAUUUUAAAGUUCUAAAACUUGGGGGUGAAAGUUACAUGUUAUAAAAGACAUAACUAUACCGAUAUGCUAUUAACCAGACUGUCAAAGUACUCCCAUAUUUAUAUAUUCCCAUAGAAUAUCUACAUAAAUGAAUUACAUAUAAUAGUGAUAGCAGCUAAUUUAAUCAUAGAGAUGUUUGGCUCAAAUACAGUUGUUUAUUUGAUGGGGGCGUCGUGUAUUUCUGUUAGGUAGACAGAGCUUUAAUAUGCUACUAUCUGUAAUCAUUCUCAUUGCCGUACAGUUCGUAUAUUAUUUUGUAAAAAUUUGAAGAUACUUGUCAAGCUGCUAAUCCAUAAGUCAUCAUGGUAUCGUGUCACUUAAAUUGAUGAAUUUCUAUGCAACUCACUACACAUUCUCUGAAGCCUCUGAAUACAGUCUCAUCUCAUUUUCAGUUAAUGGUACUUCAUGUAUAAGUAUGUCAUAAUGUCACCUUUUAUGUUGGAAAAGUUGUAAAGGACUUUUUAAAAGGUGGAAAAAGUACAAAUCCCAUUUUAAUACAAGUUGUAAUAGUAUUAAAAAUGAAACUACCAAAUUCUUAGAACGAUAAAAUGCUAAGUCUAUUGUUUUAUGCUAUCAUUUGACAAAACAAUUGAAAGUUAAGCUUACAGCCGAGAAGUUGGUAAAAAUGUACUUAGUAGUUAAGCAUGUUUUUCUCGAGCAAAGUGUCAGGACGAACAUAGCAUGAAAGCAGAUACACACACCCUAGUGCGGCCACCUGCACACACAUAGAGUCCUCCCAGAGCCGCUGAAGCACCCUGUUCACAAAGGCAAGACGUGUACGGUCAUACACAAAAGAGGUGGUUAAGGUUUUCUAAAAAAAAAAAAUUAAAAAUACUAGAUAAAUAGGAUCUAAAUUUUCUAGUGCAGUGAAAGCAGACAAUAGGUUUAAAUGAAAUUGCUUGUUACCAAAUCAAGAAUCUUCUUUACCAUUGAAGCCUAAUAACACUUUUAUAUAUCCUAUAUGACAGUUCAGGGUUUCUCCAGUGUUUUGUUGUUUUUCAUUUGCUUGUUUGGGAUAAAAUGUCUGUCUUUAUUCCUUUGUAACAAUUAGCUAUUUUAGGAUUUCUAGAAAUGAUUUUUAGUAGAAUGAAAUGUAAUGCUAAAUUAUAAUAGCAAAAAUGACUCAGAAAACUUUUUCAACUCACAAACUUUUUAGAAGUGCCCAAGGUAGUUUUUUUAACAUUGUCACAAAUCCCUUAAUAUCUUUAUCGAAAAUAGAAAAAAAAUUACAUUUUAUAGGCAACACUUUUAGAAAUAUUCAUAUGGUACACACAUGUAAUUUUAUCUGUGGUUUGUUUCAUAAAAAAUUAAUUUGAAAUGCCUUUGUUAUAAAGAGACUUAAAAUUCUAUGCCUACCUGGUACUCAAUGCUGAAUCAAACUGGUUCACCUAAGCAUAGUGCUCUCCUGUCUGUGUUUCUGCUGCACUAAUUGCCAGGGGCGGGAGACAAGGAGGAAGAAUUAAUUCAGAUUAGAAGUGGAUGGUAGGUGCAGCAAAGAGCAACACAAUGUUGAUUUCGCAUUGCUUAUGAUUUUGCUCUCCCUUCUUGGCAAAAGACAUCACCUUGUGGAAAAAGCUCAGCUCCCAGGGUGAAAAACUAUAUAUAUAUAUAUAAUAUAUAUAUAAUUUUAAAUGCUAUUAUUGAGAAGUUUUGAUUACCAAAUACAUCUUUAUGGUUUAUACUGUAGUGGUGUGUAUAAGACAUUUAGAACUUUACUUGUGGAAAUUGUAUAUAUAUAGAAAAGUUUGCAUAGGUCUCAAAUCACAUGUGAAUGGAGAACCACGUAUGACUGACUACAUGAAGUGCAAUAAACCCGACUGGAAAACAUGCAUAUGCUUCAUGCUGUCAAGCCAACUGCAGCUGAAAGUGCUGCUUACGCUCCCUCCCCCCUCCAGAAACAUCAGAAUAAGAAUGCACAUUUUCCUUUUUAGUUUUUGAUGCUUUUAACACAAUUUAAAAGAAAAGAUAGUCUGACAUUAUGGAGCUCUAUCACUUAACUGGAAGGUGAUUAUACUAUUUGCCUUGAUUUCAGUGAUGAAAAGGAAAUCAAUAAACAGACUUUUAUAGUGUCCUCAGCUGGAUGUACAUACAAGAAAACAAGUUACCAUUUCUAAUUGAGAAACAGGUACAAUUUGUAGUCUUUACACGUAAGAAAAAGGAAUGCUGCCAAAUCUCGGUCUUCUCAGUCCUAUGAAAAGGACUAGUCUCAUCAAUUUCUUGAACAAAGCAGAACUGAUAAAAAGAUUGUUUCCAGUAGUUUAAAACCUGUUCUCUUAAAAUGUCAUCUUGACACCCAAGUUUUAUGACUCCCCUGUACCUGCAGUUUCCCAGUUCUUGUCCAUAUGAUCUCCAAAUUUCUUCUUUCUGAUCACAAGAACCCUCUUUGGCUUUGGCAGUAUUUUUUUCACACACUUCUGAAAGUAGCUGGCAAAGGUAAGAUCCAGAGCACGAGAUGUGUGUGCUAGCAGCCCACAGAGGGAGUUUGAUCUGGCCCAUACGGUGUUGCUGUUGUUUUAACUACCUUCCAUCAUUUAAAGAUUAGACUUAAAAAUACAUGUUUUCACAAGGUCUGCACUUCAAAAUAUCUAGAAUGCUGAAGGCUGCAUUCUCAGGUGGUAGCCAUCAAGAUGAAAAUGAAUAAUUUUGAUGCUCCCUUUAAACCAUGCACUCCCCAGUUUGUCAUCACCCCUCCUCCGCCCCGUGCCCCAACACACACACACACACACACACACACACACACACACACACUCCUUACUGCCCUUGGUUUCACAACUAACUUGAUUUCCUUCAUCCUAUCUUGCUUUAAUUUUUACCCUCAUCUCCCUGGCUCCUGUGGGUAUCUAAGCUUGCCUCACCAGAUCCAGAAAAUUAAUUCUGACUUAAAGCAUCAAACUAGCUUCUCAAAAGGUAUAAUUUGUAAAGCAGGUUUUAAUAUUUUUUUCUUCCUGGAAAAGUCGGAUGAGUAUGUUUCUAAAUAAAUUAUUAGUCUAUCAUUCAUGUUAUAUUAAUAUUAGGGAGGAAUUUCUAUUGAGUGAGUGAAGGGAGUAGAUGACAUUUGGGUUUCCUUCCUAAUGUAAUUUUUUAUAAUUACCAGCUACCUCUUUAUAGUAACUCUCUGUGGUCUUGUUAGAAGACAGUUAAACUAAUCGAACAUUUAACAAUUAUGUUAAAAAUACUCCACAGCUAAAAGAAAAUAUUAGUGAUAGUUUGUGAUUACACUUUUCCAGAAGAUGUAUAUUAAAAUUAGGUUUUUCCAGUUAUGCUAUUUUGUGAAGUAUAUAGAGGACACACCAUCAUAAAAGUGCUUGUACGUAUGUGCUGUACAACAGUUCAGUUUCAGAGAGCAUCUCAAAAUUAGGAUGAAAUUGUAACUAUUGAUACUUUUUUUUUUUUUAAUGUAUGCUCCUGUUAUGUAACUGGAUAUUACUUAUUCUCUGGUUACUUAACUGGGUACUAAGGAAAGUCAUGGGAAAGAAUGGUUAAGAUCAAAUACUAAGAGAAGAAAACAUUUGCAGAUGAAUCCACAAGUAUUUUCUUGCAGAACUGUUGGAGUUGAUACUAAAAAUUUCAUGAUCAUUCAUUUACUUAGAACUUCUAUCAAGGUUGGGAACGAAUAAAAUAACAUGGUUAUGCUUGAAACCUGAAUUUUGAAAGCUGCUCUUAAUCACAGUGUUUUAAAUUUUGUCUUAUAAAAUUAAAACAGAUAAGUAGUGUAAAUGGAAGGUUGCCUUGAAUACAUUCUAAUUAAAUGAUUUAUGUUAA